AAUCAACCACACCACAGACAAACUUUUCCCACUCAACAAAUCCGAUUUGACAUUAUCAGUUCCUUUGUUUACAUUCAUCUUUCUCAUGUCAAGAUCACACUCUUUCCUCUCACUUAUAUAAACAACAGAAAACCAAUUCUAUUUGGUAAAGAGAAUCUCAAACUUGAGUGUAUAUAUAUAGCAUAUAUAUAUAGAGAGAGGAGAUAGAGAGAGAGAAAAUGGGAAAAGGAAGAGCACCUUGUUGUGACAAGACCAAAGUGAAGAGAGGCCCAUGGAGCCCAGAAGAAGACUUGAAACUCAUCUCUUUCAUUCAGAAGUUUGGUCAUGAGAACUGGAGAUCUCUCCCCAAACAAUCUGGUUUAUUGAGGUGUGGGAAGAGUUGCCGUCUAAGAUGGAUUAACUACCUCAGACCAGAUGUGAAACGAGGUAACUUUAGUGCAGAGGAAGAAGAAAUGAUCAUCAAGCUUCACCAGAGCUAUGGAAACAAGUGGUCGAAAAUCGCUUCUAAACUUCCAGGACGUACAGAUAAUGAGAUCAAGAAUGUGUGGCAUACACAUCUAAAGAAAAGACUGGUUAAGAGUUCAGCAAGUCCAGAUGAACCGGCCUCUCCUUGUUCUAGUGAUAAGACUCAAGCAGAAGACUGUUUGAACAUAAAGACAACUCAUGAUUCUACUACUUCAGGGUCUUCUGGUGGUUCCAACAAUUCAAACCAAGAAGAUGAUCCAAAUAUGGGUCUUAUGUUUGAGUAUAGCCAGUUUAAUGAUAUUAUAGAAGAGGUAGAUAAGCCCGACCUACUGGAGAUCCCCUUUGACUCAGAUCUUGACAUCUGGAGUUUCUUAGAUGGUCCAAACGAGAACAGUUCAGUUUCAAGGGGAGAAGAAGAGUGUGAUGAGGAUGAAGUCAAGAAAUGGUUGAAGCACUUGGAAAAUGAACUGGGAUUAGAAGAAGAAGAUAAUCAUCAACAUCAUAAAGAGGGAGCACAAGACAAAGAUUCAUCACUCUUGAAGACGUACGAGCUCAUGAUACAUUAACAAGUCCAAAAUGUGAUUUACUUGACGUAUUUUCUAUUUUCAUACGAUGAUCACAAAGAGACUUAUUAUUAUGGAUAUCAAUAUUUAAAAGGAAAGUUAGGUAGUAGAGAAAA